AUGAUGUUCAACGCCCUCCGCACACGCGCCUCGAUGGCCAGGACCAUGGUCCGCGGUGGCCAGGCCGCCGCCCAGAAGCGCUACCUCUCGAUCCACGAGCACCUCUCCAUGGACAUCCUCAACAAGUACGGCAUCGCCACGCCCAAGUACAUCGCCGCCAAGACGCCCGACGAGGCCUUCAAGGCUGCCCAGUCGUUCGGCGGCAAGGAGGUCGUCAUCAAGGCGCAGGUCCUCGCCGGUGGCCGUGGCAAGGGUCACUUUGACUCGGGUCUCCAGGGUGGUGUCCACCUCAUCAAGACGCCCGAGGAGGCUCGCGACCUCGCCGCCAAGAUGCUCGGCAACAAGCUCAUCACCAAGCAGACCGGUGCUGCUGGCCGUCUGUGCAACGCCGUCAUGAUCGCCGAGGCGCGCCCGCCACACCACGAGUACUACGUGGCCGUGCUCAACGACCGCUCCACGCAGCUGCCCGUCAUGAUCGCCUCCAACCAGGGCGGCAUGUCGAUCGAGGACGUCGCCGCCGAGAACCCGGACGCCAUCAUCACCACGCCCAUCGACUUUGAGAAGGGCCUCAGCAAGGAGGACGCGCUGGCCAUCGCCAAGAAGCUCGGCUUCACCGGCGUCAAGCAGGAGGAGCAGGCCGCCGAGACGUUCCAGAAGCUCUACCAGCUCUUUGACGAGAAGGACGCCACGCAGGUCGAGAUCAACCCGCUCGCCGAGUCCAAGGACGGCGAGGUGCUCUGCAUGGACGCCAAGCUCGGCUUUGACGAGAACGCCGACUUCCGUCAGGCCGAUGUGUUUAAGCUGCGCGACACCACCCAGGAGGACCCGGACGAGGUCGAGGCGGCCAAGUACGGCCUCAACUUCAUCAAGCUCGACGGCAACAUUGGCUGCCUCGUCAACGGUGCCGGUCUUGCCAUGGCUACGAUGGAUGUGCUCAAGCUCAACGGCGGCAACCCGGCCAACUUCCUCGACGUCGGAGGCACUGCCUCGGCGGCUUCGGUGAAGAAGGCGUUCGAACUGCUGCUCAACUCGAACCAGGUGCAGGGCAUCUUUGUCAACAUCUUUGGCGGCAUUGUAUCGUGCAAGAAGAUCGCAGAGGGCAUCAUCCAGGCCACCCAGGAACUCGACAUGUCCAUCCCGCUCGUCGUGCGUCUGCAGGGCACCCACGAGAAGGAGGCAAAAGAACUCAUCAAGAACUCCAACCUCAAGAUCUUUGCCUUUGACGGCCUCGACGAGGCCGCCGCCAAGGCCGUCGAGAGCGCCAAGAAGGGCACCCUCUAG